AUGCCAAAAAAAUUGAAAGUCGUUGUGAAAUCUCUUUAUUCUCAUGAAAUACGCAAAGAUGUUAGUUUGGAAAACCUAAAAUCAUUAAAACUUGAAGAUGCGUGGCCUUUUAUCAGGGAGGAAAUUGAAACGGAGAUCGGUAGCAGUCAGCUCGUCUGUAUACCACAUAUUACAGAGGCCGAUCUUUACAAUGUGACAUCUCUAUUUGUCCCCAAUGAAAAGCCUACAAAUGGUAAAAUGUUCACUCCUCUUGGAGAGCUUAAAAUGAACAUAAACACGGCCAAAUCAGACCCGCAUUAUGUCAGCUGGUUAAAUGAGAGUGAUUUCCAAGAUACUUCUUUCAAAUUCCCUCAUGAGAGUGUCAAGAUUACCUUACAAGAUGAGUCAAUUAAGAAUAAAGUUAGAGUUAUUAUGGUGGGCUUCACUAGAACAAUUAUUCCAAACGAUAAGGACCUUGUCAGCAACAUUUACUUGGAUGUUGAUAAACAUAAAGAAUUACAAGGCAAAAAAUCUGUGUAUAUGAUUACAAAUGUGCUCAUGGCAAAAACCAUUGAGUUCAGAGUGACUCGAGGUACAUCUUCCAGAAUUUUUCACCUUGGGAAUGCAUCACCAUUGGUUUUCGGCUUAGAUGAGUUCAUGAUUGGUGAUGAUGGAAAACUAAUUAGUAAACAACCAGUGACAAUUAAGUCCAAAUUUCUUCACUGGCAAAGACUCCAUCCUUCAGAUCAGCUGUAUAUUGCCGAGAAAGACGCAGAAAGUGAAGAGUAA